CUCCUUGUUUGCAUUUAAACUGUUGGCCAGCCUCUCUGCUCUUCCGCCGUAGCGUUUCGCUUCUCUAAUAAAUUUUCCCUCAGAUUUCGAAUUCUUCCUCACACUCUUCUUUUCCAACCAAUCAGCGGAAAGCCAGUAGGGAAAAGAGAGAAAGAGAGGAAAUAGUGAGCAAGAAAGUGCGAGAGAGAAAAAACCCUGAAAUUUCGGGGGAGUCAUGGCAUCGUCUAAGGUGAUAACGACCACGUCACAGACGAAUCCUGAUGUGCCAUGUCAGCCAUCUCUGUGCUCUUCGCUCUCCACUCUCCUCGCCGAUCUUCAAAACCAACAAAGCAAUCAAAGCCAAUCCCAGAACGGUUCAAUGAGCAUGGACGAUCUUUUGAAAAACAUCUACUCGUCCCCACCACCGCCACCAACUAAUUCCGAAGCGCACGCGCAGUUCCAUGGCGCGUCCAUCUCACGCGAAGGUAGUUUCUCGCUUCCGAAGGAUGUGGCGAACAAGUCCGUCGACGAGGUGUGGAAGGAGAUCGUGGCCGGCGGAGGCGAUCAGAGACAGGGAGGUCCAACGGAAGGGAUGACUUUGGAGGAUUUUUUGACCAAAGCUGGGGCGGUUAGAGAAGAGGAUGUUAGAGGAGUUGUUAAUCAGGUGGGAGUUGGUGCAGGUGUUUAUGCUGUCGACCCGGCCGUUAUCAACGGUGGUGGAAAUCAGUUUUCGACGUUUGGAAACAACGGCGGCGUUGAUCAUCAGAGAUUGGUGGCGACUGCAGGUGGAGGCGCGAGAGGGAAACGACGCGCCGUUGAGGAACCGCCUUUGGAUAAAGCGACGCAGCAGAAGCAGAGAAGGAUGAUCAAGAACAGAGAAUCUGCUGCUAGGUCUAGAGAACGCAAACAGGCUUAUACAGUUGAAUUGGAAUCUCUAGUGACACAAUUGGAAGAAGAGCAGACCCGGUUGCUGAGAGAAGAGGCUGAGCUGCAAAAGAAGAGGUUUAAGCAGCUGAUGGAGAACCUGAUCCCUGUUGAGGAGAAGCGAAGACCACCUCGUGUUCUUAGGCGAGUGCAUUCUAUGCAAUGGUAGAUAUGGCAGCUCCUUCAUUUUAUUUUUUGGUCAAUGACAGGAAAAAACCUUGGGUUUGGUACUUGCCAUUAUUGAAGCUAUAGAGUUAAAAAAAGAAAACAAGAAAAACUGCAAGAACCAAUUGAAGUGGGCUAUCUUCUGAGAAGGGAAAGCAAAGAUGAAACAGAAGAAUACAACUGUGUGGGGAUUAUCUUUUGGGAUCAGUUGGGACUUUCUUUUGCGAAGGAAGUCCAAUGCGGUUGAGGUCUGGAAGGAUCCCGUUACCGUUGAAGAUGGAUGGCAAACGCUUUUGGAUUUUGCUUAGGUAUUGUUGUAAAUAAAAAUGAACCCAUGUGUAUAAAGUACCUUUUACCUUGAAUCCCUGUUGGAAGGGGGAAGUUGGUAGGCCUGAGCUUAUCUAAUACAAAUUCUGAUUAUAAAAAUUCAUAUGAUAUUUGAGUUAAAGCAGCAAUGUUCUGACA